ACGAACCUUGGCCGCAAAGGAUCUGCAGCUGACGCCAACAACAAGGAAGCAAUGAUGCACUCCACAACUUACCCCAACGGCAGCCUGAGACUGUAACUCACCCUCGGCAAUUAAUUACCUUGCCUUGACGACACUAAAACAAUCGCUAAAAGAGGGUUCCUUAGCUACUACUACGUGACCAUGACAACCACCACCAUGAAUCUGCUACGUGUUCUCGUGCUGUUAGGAGUUGGCAGCAGCUCUGUGUUUGGUUUUGUGGUUCCCAUUACAACGCAACCGAGGCUGAAAGUACCAUCCACCAACACCAACACCAUGGACUGCCUGUGCAUUCAAACUCCCGAGACGUUUUCGUCCUUGACCAAGAUUUUCAUGGCUUCCGACGGUGAAGAAGCAUCUCCCAUUAAGAUUAUCAUUGCCGGUGCUCCCGCCAGUGGCAAGGGAACUCAAUGCGAAACCAUUAAAGAAAAAUUCGGUGUCGUGCACCUUUCCACGGGAGAUAUGCUCCGUGCCGCUGUGGCAGCGCAAACAGAAGUCGGCAAGUCGGCCAAGGAAUACAUGGACAGUGGAAAAUUGGUUCCCGACGAAGUCAUUAUCGGAGUGGUCAAGGACCGUUUGGCCGAAGAGGACUGUGCCAAACAGGGUUGGUUGUUGGAUGGAUUCCCACGCACACAAGCUCAAGCCAAAGCUUUGGAAGAUGCCGGUGUCAGUGCCGAUUGCUUCUUGUUCCUCAACGUACCCGAUGAAGUCUUGGUCGAACGAGUGGUAGGACGACGAACCGAUCCCGAAACGGGUAAGAUUUAUCACAUGACUUUCAGUCCUCCGGCGGAUGAAGCCGUCUUGGCUCGGUUGGAACAACGGAGCGAUGAUACCGAAGAAAAGGUGGUUGUACGCUUGGAACAGUUCCAUGCCAAUGUCAAGGCGGUCAAGGAUAGUUACACCGAAAUCAGUGUCAUGAUUGAUGGAAACAGAAAACCAGGCGAUGUUUCCAAUGAUAUCAUGGAGGCAUUGGACAAGGCAAAAGCUAACGCAUAAUAACAAUCAAUCCUCGAGCGAAACCAAACGAGUCGAGUCAGUCACACGGAGGGAGUUGCAAACGCAACCAACCAAACCAAUCAACACAGCAACCACGCUUUCUUGUCGUCUUUGGCAGCACGGUACUGUACACGUGUAGCUAGCUAGGGACAACAUCUAAGUUUGCUGGCCAGGUAAUAACUGUAGUCUCUGUUCAUCUAG